AUCCAUACUUUUUACCCAACCAAAAAUUUGAUAUACAGUCUCAAGCACAGACAUGUCCACUACGCAAUCUCGAAUCCCCACGGCCAAGCUCGGCUCGAACGGUCCUGCGAUCCCCAGGCUCGGAUUCGGUCUGAUGGGUCUCUCUGCCUUUUACGGCGGAUACGAGAGCGACGAGAAACGGUUCGAGGUCCUCGAUCGGGCCAUCGAGUUGGGGGAGACUUUCUGGGACACCUCGGACAUUUACGGUGACAACGAAGACCUCCUAGGCAAAUACUUCAAGCACAACCCUUCUGCCCGGUCCAAAAUCUUCCUCGCGACCAAGUUCGCCGGUCAAUUCGACGGGCAGACGAUGACCGUGGACUCUUCCCCCGAGUACGCAAAGAAGGCUCUGGAAAAGAGUCUUCAGAGGUUGGGAUUGGACUCGGUCGAUCUGUAUUACGUGCACCGGAUUGAUGGCAAGACGCCUAUUGAGAAGACGAUGGAGUUCUUGAAAGAGGCUCAACAACAAGGAAAGAUCAAAUACAUCGGUCUUUCCGAAGCAUCCGCCCGGACCCUCCGCCGAGCGUCCAAGAUCGUCCACAUCGACGCUGUCCAGCUCGAAUACUCCCCCUUUGCCCUGGAGUGUGAAGCCGAUGACGACAGGUACGGGGUCUUGAAGGCUUGCAGGGAGUUGGGGACGGCUAUCGUCGCUUAUAGCCCGUUGGGACGAGGACUCUUGACUGGACAGUUCAGGUCGCCGGAUGAUUUCGAAGAUGGCGACUUCCGUAAAUACACUCCUAGGUUUUCCAAAGAGAACUUCCCCAAGAACCUCGAGAUCGUCGACAAGAUCGAACAGCUCGCCAAGAAGAAGAACGUUACUCCUGGCCAACUUACCCUCGCUUGGCUCUUGGCUCAGGGAGAUGACAUCUUCCCCAUCCCCGGUACCAAGAAAAUCAAGUACCUCGAAGAGAACGUCGGCGGUGCCGAUGUCAAACUGUCCAAAGAAGAGGUUGACGAGAUCAGGCAGGUCGUCGAGGCCGCCGAGGUCGCCGGAGGAAGGUACCCUGACGGAUACGAAGAUGGGCUUUACGCCGAUACUCCCGAAUUGUAGUUUCGUUCUCGGCCAAGGCUGGCCUGGAAUUUCUACGAGAAUGGAGAAUGGGUAUUUGAGGU